AUGGCUCAUUUCCAAACUUUCUUCCAUCUUCUUAUGAUUGCAGGUUUUAUCUUGGUGGAGAGCUCAGGAUAUGCUGCUUAUUACUCGAAGGAUAAAAAGGCUACUAAACGCAGGCCUUUCAUUCUUUCAAGGGCUUCUCAUUACUUGAAUUCUGAUGAAAAGGGAACAGAAACCGGGAGAUGUGGCUAUGGAACUUUCAGGGCAACAAUUAAUGAUGGAAAUGUAGCUGCAGCAUCAGACCUCUAUCGAGAUGGAGUGGGUUGCGGCGCUUGCUAUCAGGUUAGGUGUACCAGCAGCUACUACUGCUCCCACAAUGGAGUGAAAGUUGUCAUAACAGAUCAUGGUUUGGGUGAUGCAAGCAGGAAGGCCUUCGGUCAAAUGGCUCAGAAUCAAGCUGCAUCUGCAUCUGUAUUAGCAGUUGCAGUAGAUGUUGAGUAUAGAAGGGCUCCAUGCAACUAUCCAGACAAAAAUAUUACUAAGAUUGAUGAGUACAGCAACAACUCCCAUUAUCUGGGUUUCAUAAUUCUGAAUCAAGAAGGCAUGAAAGACAUCACUACUGUGCACCUAUGUGCGGAAUAUUCAGAAACAUUUGAAUCAAACUACACAUGAAUCUUUUUAUACGAAAAAUAACUCAUGAGUUUAAAAAUUGCAGAGAGGAGGAAUGAAUGCAAACUACUGGAGCGGACAUAUGGAGCAGUGUGUGGACAACCACCUCACUGCCACCAAGUGGCCCACUCUCAGUAAAGAUGUUAUUUAGAAAUGAAAAUUGAGUGAUUCCAAUCAAUGACAUACCCGAAACUGGAAAGCUGGAGGCAUCUACGACAUGGGAGUACAAGAGACUGACUGAUGCAAGAAUGCCUAAGAGAUACAUGAUUAUAGUGUGUUGCUUACACUUAUAGGCUGCUAUCUUCGAUGUCAUACUGUUUAUCCUAUCAGUUGACUGUUACUGCACCAUUGAUAAUGAGUUGUUAAGAACUCCAUGCAAUUGAUAAUAUUAUAGAUGUGAA